UUAACAGUGCAGCGUUCUUUUCAAUUCUCUGAAAUCUGCAUCUCAUUUUCAACACUGGGACAUGAUGUGAGUCAUUUUUAUUUUAAUGCUGAUUUAUUUUAGGAUGAGCUCAAAACUGCACUGCAAAAAAAAAAAAAAAUUAAGUAAGGGUAUGAUUACAUUUUACCAAAGUGAAAGUGAAACCCUUAGCAUUUGGACUGGAGAGAACAACAGCAGCAAAAAAAAUGGCUUCAAAGUUUUCCGAGGAGGAUUUCUCCUGUCCUGUGUGCUAUGAAAUAUUCAAGGAUCCUGUUGUUCUGCCCUGCAGUCACAGUUUGUUUAAAGUGUGCCUGCAGCAGUUUUGGGAGACCAAAGUAUCCAGAGAAUGUCCUGUUUGUAGGAAGAAGUCAGCUCUCGACAUACCUCCCACAAACCUGGCUUUAAAGAACCUGUGUGAGACUUUCUUACAGGAGAGAAGUCAGAGAUGUUUAUCAUCAUCUGAAACAGUCUGCAGUCUGCACAGUGAGAAACUCAAACUCUUCUGUCUGGACGAUCAGCAGUCAGUGUGUGUUGUGUGUCGGGAUUCAAGAAAACACACAAACCACAAAUUCUGCCACAUUGACGAGGCAGUAACAGACUGUAAGGAGCAGCUCAAAACUGCCCUAAGGCCACUACAGGAGAAACUGAAGAUCUUUAAAGACUGUAAACUGAAGCAGAGUCAGACUGCAGAACAUAUAAAGUUUCAGGCUCAAUACACAGAGUGUCAGAUCAAGGAUGAGUUUAAAAAGCUUCAUCAGUUUCUACGAGAUGAAGAGGCAGCCAGGAUCGCUGCACUAAGGUAGGAAGAAGGGCAGAAAAGUCAGAUGAUGAAGGAGAAGAAUGAGAAUCUGAGCAGAGACACAUCAUCUCUUUCAGACACAAUCAGAGCCAUGGAGAUGAGAGCUGAAGAUGUCUCGUUCUUACAAAACUACAAGGCCACAAUGAAAAGAGCCCAGUGUACAGUACAGCAUCCAGAGGAGAUUUCAGGAGCACUGAUCCAUGUGGCAAAACAUCUGGCCAACCUGAAGUUCAGGGUCUGGGAGAAGAUGCAGCACAUGGUCCAAUAUACACCUGUGACUCUGGAUCCCAACACUGUUCAUCCUGGAAUCAUUGUAUCUGAUAAUCUGACCACUGUAAAAUGCAGUGAUGAAGAACAGAAACUUCCUGAUAAUCCAGAGAGAUUUGAUAAAUAUGCAUGUGUCCUGGGCUCUGAUGUCUUUAACUCAGGGACACACUGCUGGGAUGUUGAAGUUGAACACUCUACAUGGUGGUAGAUUGGUGUGAUAACAGAAUCCGCUCAGAGGAAGGAAGAUGUAUACUCCAGAAGUGGGAUCUGGUGUAUAUGGUAUUAUAAAGGUAAAUAUGGAGCACGUUCUACACCAGAGCCAGAGACUCCCCUCUCAGUAGCACAGAAACUCCAGAGGAUCAGGGUGAAGCUGGACUGGGACAAAGGAAAGCUGUCAUUCUUCGACCCUCUCACUAACACACACAUACACACUUUCACACACAGAUUUACUGACAAAUUACUGCCAUUCCUAAACAGUGUAGGUUCCCUAAAGCUCCUUCCACUUCAGUGCUCUGUAAAAGUAAAUCAUAUCAGUUAGAGUUCAUUAAUAAAAUACUGCAAAUUAAAAUAUUUUUUUUAAAUAUUAAGUUUUUUUUAAAUAAAGAAACACUAAAUAGUUAAUUGUGAAAAGUGUUUUAAGUUAUUUAAUUAAAUUAAAGGAUUUGGAGGUAAAAUACUACUACAUCCUCUGGAGGUUAUACAGAGGACCACAAUCUACUCUGUUGAAAUAAAAAGAUAAUAAAUCAAAAUGAUGUGAUAUUAAGUUCAAAUAACAACAAAGUUUUUUUUUAUUUUUACAAUGUUCACUUCAGGACAUCCAAAAACCAAAUGAACCAGAGAAUGAAAUAUAUAUAUAUAUGGAACAAGUUCCAAGGACACAUGCAAAUAUAUUUGUUUAUUAUUAUUUGAUUAUAUUAUUUGUUUAUUAUUAUAUUUGAUUAUAAUGCUUAUAUCAAAUUUGUACAAUUUAAAUUAUGGAAUACGUUUUUUUAUGUUUUUAAAAUAAUUUUAAAUAAACUAAGACUUAACAUUUUCAUGUCUUUAUCGUAUUUGUAUUUGUUAGCACUGUGCUGUUAAUCUUGGGUGAUAUGAAUAUUUAGCUGGCUGUGUGUGUUAUGUGUGAAACUUACAGCUUGGAGAAGAUUUGAGCUCUAAGUUCGUGACUUUGCAAUGAUCAGAAGGAUUUGUA